CUUGAAUUGGCUAAGCACCAGGCUGUAGCACAAAAGCGAGUAAUGGAACUCAGCGACCGACUCAUGGGAACCAAGGCCAACUUGUCAAAGUUCCCACGGGACGCUGGGUCAAGGCACUGCGACACUGGACCCAGCACCGCCCUCGAUAAAGGCAUUGCAAAGAUCUCACUUUAUGCUGACGAUGACACAGACGAUGCGCAAAUUUGCCGCUGCUCAGACUCAAAAAUGUCCAAGAUAAAACCAUACGAGAAUGUAUCAGCUCUUAUAGCGGGGUUUAAGGGUGCCAGGAAAUGGCUUUCUGUUUCCCAGGAGGGACUCAAUGAACUAAUGGCAGAUCCGUUUACUGGAAAACAGAUUAAUGCCGCACUAGCAGAUCCUGAAGCAACGGACGAUGAGAGCCUUCGAGUAACAGACGAGGGAGCCCACGAGGACCACUCACACCCGGCCCCGGAUAGCGAAGCACUACCCGAAUUCGAGAGCUCUUCCACUAGCUGUUCCAGCGGUGUCGUCAAAUUAAAGGUAGUCAAUGGAGAAGGCAAAGCUAAUGACGAGGACGACGCAGACGCGUUUGAUGAAAGUCAACCCGAUGAGGACGCUGACAUGAUUAUGGUGACCCAUAUGGAUGUUAACUCCAGCGGAAGUGAUGCUGACAUUCAGCAGGACGAUACCGAGUGUGACUUUUCACCUCCAAUUCCGCACCGACAGCGGCCUCGUUCUUCUAGCCGGAGCCAUCGUGCGCAGACCCUAGCCCAUCCCUCCUCUUCCUCCCAACUCCGUGGUAGGGCAGUCGAGAAACCAGUCCUGCUUCACACCAUGUCAUCUCGAUGUGGCACAGCCCGCACCAGGUCGCGUCUUCGCCUUACGGACAGUCAAACACUUGAAAAGUUAAGGUCUAUUGUCAGUAAAGGACAUCCAUGUGAGAAGUAUGCUACCCUGGAGCGGAUAGGCCAUGGGGCAUCUGGCGUUGUGUAUGUUGGUGAGAACAUUGCAACAAAGCAAAAGGUUGCCAUUAAGCAAAUGAAUCUCAGGCAGCAGCCAAAAAAAGACCUCAUUCUCAAUGAGAUUCUUGUUAUGCGGGCUCAUCGCAAUGCCAACAUUGUAAACUAUCUCGACAGCUUUUUGAUUGGCAGUGAAUUGUGGGUAGUGAUGGAAUACCUUGAUGGUGGUUCGUUGACCGACGUCGUCACGGAGACCUGCAUGGAAGACAGGCAUAUAGCCACGGUUUGUCGCGAGACCUUGCAGGCUCUAAAUUUCCUCCACUCGAAUCACGUUAUCCACCGAGACAUCAAGUCGGACAAUAUUCUCCUUGGUCUUGAUGGUUCGGUGAAAUUAACGGACUUUGGAUUUUGUGCCCAACUUAGUCCUGAUGAGUCGAAGCGCUCGACUAUGGUCGGAACACCCUACUGGAUGGCCCCCGAAGUUGUUGUUCGGAAGCAGUAUGGGCCCAAAGUGGACAUUUGGUCUCUUGGAAUAAUGACUCUGGAGAUGCUUGAUGGAGAACCACCAUACCUCAGUGAAAACCCUCUAAAGGCAAGUACUACCAGAAUAAAACAGCAAUCAACUAUAUUUCAUUCCAAACUGAUUGACCCAAGUUUAUUCAAAUUGUUGAAUGUUGUUUAUACCACAGCUCAUUCCCUAGAAGACUUUACCGGUGUUGGAAAAUACGCCCUCUACCUCAUCGCGAUAAACGGUAAACCAGAGAUAAAAAGCAAAGAUCGGCUAAGCGACGACCUUGUAAACUUCCUGGACUGUUGCCUCGAGGUUGACGUUUCAAAGCGAGGUACUGCUGAGAAGCUUUUAAAGGUAGUGCCUUUUGUGAAAAGUUGCACAUCACGAUUAUGCUAUUUCCUUUGA